UCCACAUGUUACUGUGGCAACAAAUUCUAACCAAUAUUUCAAAUUUCCAGUAAUUUAAAAGCAACUUGCAAUUGAAAUAACAAAUCAGUUGAGAUAUAUUUUUGAUUGGUUGGCGAUCGAUCGGAGAUGAACUUCUUCGAUUCUCGUCCUCGUCGGAUAGGAGGGCGGCAGGAACAUCUGUUCAUGCUGUUCUCCUUCGCCCUCUCCCUUUCCCUAUUUCAUUCGGUUUCCACUGCAGGCAUGACAGGGACUCCGCAAGGCGGCGGAUCAACCGAUUCCUACACCCAUUCCAAUCCAUCUUCAGCUGGGGUCACUAUAGAGCACGCAGGAGAGUGUUUUGCUGACUCGGACUGUGCGAGUAGUGGUGCCGUGUGCUCUGCCGACGGCAGGUGUGGCUGCCCGGAAGGCGCCACCGAACUCUCAAUCUGCGAGGCCAAAGGGUGUGCCAUAGAUGACCCCAGUUGUAAUUGCGACACUCUGGGAUCUCUGUACUGUCUACCUGCGGGCGAGUGCCUUGACAGUUCAGACUGUGCCUCCAAUGCCGUGUGUGACAAUGGCAGCUGUGUCUGUGACACUGGAUUCACCGGCCUCAUGAUAUGCCCAGUCGGGCAGCCUUGUGAUCUCAAGGGCGUCAACUACUGCCUGAUCGACGGCAGUUGUCUCGACGGCGAUGACUGUCCAGCUAAUUCGCAGUGUGUCAUGGGGGAGAAUGGGACUGCGGGGUCGUGCAGAUGUGACGUCGGCUAUGAGGGGCUCAUGGUGUGUCAAGACCCCGACUGUGAUCUUCCCGGAGACAAUCUCUGCCUCGCUGACGGCAGCUGUUUGGACAGCGAAGACUGCGUAGACCCAAACGACUCUUGCGACGAAACAACUGGAUACUGCUAUUGUCACCAGGGUUACAUCAGACACAAGUACGAUAAAGCCACAUGCAUUGACCAAUGUGUGUGGCCCCCCAACUCUGCUCCGGAUGACUUCCUGCCGAGGGGUCUGGGCCAGGACUCCUCUCGCUACUUCUACAAUCCAGACACUGGACUGUGUGAGUUCUACAUGGUGUCCAAUGCAGCAGAGUAUUAUGGAUUCAUCGACAAGGCCAAGUGCGAAAACUGGUGCAUGAAAAAAAUCAUGCAGCUUCCAAAGAAAGAAGGACCCGACUACAUGCUGAGCUGUGAGCCGGAGCUGCCCAAAUUCCAGCGAUUCUACUAUGACUCGGACAGCCAGUCUUGUAAGCCGUUCGACUACCGAGGAGUGGGUGGGAACGCAAACCAGUUCAAGAAUAUGUCGGAGUGCAGAACGAGAACGACUGGCUCUAUUAAGCAGCUGCAGUGCACGACCACCAUAGACAUGCUGGCCUUCUGCGACAGUCAGUGGGCGGAGAUGAACAAACAGUGCAACAUCUACAAGACAAAAGACAACGGGUGCAUCGAUGACAUGUGCGAAUGCCUCGACGACAAGGAAGAAGUCGAGGAGCCCUAUUUGAAAUCGGAAGACGAGACACUGACUAAAGCCAAGUGGGGUCAUUUCCAAUGUGGAGAUCGCUCCCACGCCAUCAAGUACCGAAGAUGGAAGAAGAGCUUCGCCUGUGAGUCGCUGGAGGGCGUCUUCGAGGGAACAUGUCCGGACAAGUCCGUGUGCGUGAACAUAAACAGCACCAUGAGAGAGACUAUCACGUGUGAGUGUAAAGAGAACUACAUGGAAGUGUAUCAACCUGAUGCGAAAGAUCUUCUGGACUUCACUUGUGAACCGGAGCCUCGCCCGUGUUUUGGGGAAGGGAAAUUCAAUGUCACAAUUGGAGAUGUCGACUAUUGUCUCACUCUCAAAUGCGACGAAAAGAAAUCAUUCUGCGAUUCCCAACUGGAUUGUAUCGCUGGCGGCGGGUGGCUGGUCGAAAAACCAUCUGACGUCAACGUCGAGACAUUCUACACAUCUCUAGCAGAGGUUUUGGAGGCUUCAAGUGCUUCUGUUCACUGGACCGGCUUGAGCGACUUGGUUGGAACUAACAGACUGGAUGCGACUUCUGGAUCUUCCAGUUUUAGGAUCUCGAACGCGACCAGCAAUAGACUGGAUCGAAGGUGCAUGGCUAUGACCGGAUCCAGCAACGUCGACUUGGGAUCCUGUGCCGAUAAGCAUUGCUAUAUCUGCCAGACUCCUACCUAUGUGCGCAAGUGUCCCCUGAACUGGAAGCCAGUGAAUGACGAGGUCGAGGGGGACUGUGUGUUCUUCUCUGACCAGCUCAGACUCACCCACACCAGGGCCAGCAUGUACUGCGAGGCAUUCGGAGCCCAACUAGUCACAGUGGACAAAAACAUACACGCUUUCCUCGUCAGCUUCUUGUCCGGACUCAACCCAUACGACGCGUAA